AUGACUAAGAUUUCACUAGAUGGAAUAGUGAAGUCACUGGAUGGAAUAGUGCAGUCACUGGAUGGAAUAGUGCAGUCACCAGAUGGAAUAGUGAAGUCACUGGAUGGAAUAGUGCAGUCACUGGAUGGAAUUGUGGAGUCACCAGAUGGAAUAGUGCAGUCACUGGAUGGAAUAGUGCAGUCCCCAGAUGGAAUAGUGAAGUCACCGGAUGGAAUAGUGAAGUCACCAGAUGAAAUAGUGAAGUCACCAGAUGGAAUAGUGAAGUCACCAGAUGUGAAGUCACUGGAUGGAAUAGUGCAGUCACUAAAUGGAACAGUGAAGUCACUGGGUGGAAUAGUGAAGUCACCAGAUGGAAUAUUGCAGUCACCAAAUGGAAUAGUGAAGUCACCAGAUGGAAUAUUGCAGUCACCAGAUGGAAUAGUGAAGUCACCGGAUGGAAUAGUGCAGUCACUGGAUAGAAUUGUGCAGUCACCAGAUGGAAUAGUGCAUUCACCAGAUGGAAUAGUGAAGUCACCAGAUGGAAUAGUGCAGUCACUGAAUGGAAUAGUGAAGUCACCAGAUGGAAUAGUGAAGUCACUGGAUGGAAUUGUGCAGUCACCAGAUGGAAUAGUGCAGUUACUGGAUGGAAUUGUGCAUUCACCAGAUGGAAUAGUGCAGUCACUGGAUGGAAUAGUGCAGUCACUGGAUGGAAUAGUGCAGUCCCCAGAUGGAAUAGUGAAGUCACCGGAUGGAAUAUCACUAAAUGGAACAGUGAAGUCACUGGGUGGAAUAGUGAAGUCACCAGAUGGAAUAUUGCAGUCACCAAAUGAAAUAGUGAAGUCACCAGAUGGAAUAUUGCAGUCACCAGAUGGAAUAGUGAAGUCACUGGAUAGAAUUGUGCAGUCACCAGAUGGAAUAGUGCAGUCACUGGAUGGAAUAGUGAAGUCACCAGAUGGAAUAGUGCAGUCCCUGGAUGGAAUAGUGCAGUCCCUGGAUGGAAUAGUGAAGUCACUGAAUGGAAUAGUGAAGUCACCAGAUGGAAUAGUUAAGUCACCAGAUGGUAUAGUAAAGUCACCAGAUGUGAAGUCACUGGAUGGAAUAGUGCAGUCACUAAAUGGAAUAGUGAAGUCACUGGGUGGAAUAGUGAAGUCACUGGGUGGAAUAGUGAAGUCACCAGAUGGAAUAUUGCAGUCACCAGAUGGAAUAUUGCAGUCACCAGAUGGAAUAGUGAAGUCACCAGAUGGAAUAGUGAAGUCACCAGAUGGUAUAGUGAAGUCACCAGAUGGUAUAGUUAAGUCACCAGAUGGAAUAAUUAAGUCACCAGAUGGAAUAAUUAAGUCACCAGAUGGAAUAGUGCAGUCACCAGAUGUGAAGUCACCAGAUGGAAUAGUGAAGUCACCAGAUGGAAUAUUGCAGUCACCAGAUGGAAUAGUGAAGUCACUGGAUAGAAUUGUGCAGUCACCAGAUGGAACAGUGAAGUCACUGGAUGGAAUAGUGAAGUCACCAGAUGGAAUAGUGCAGUCCCUGGAUGGAAUAGUGCAGUCCCUGGAUGGAAUAGUGAAGUCACUGGAUGGAAUAGUGAAGUCACCAGAUGGAAUAGUUAAGUCACCAGAUGGAAUAGUUAAGUCACCAGAUGGAACAGUGAAGUCACCGGAUGGAAUAAUGCCACGCCCAACUCUACGAGAUCAGGCAAUUAAUAUUUAA